AUGGGGCUGCCCAUUGUGUACAAGGCACUAGACAAAUUCCUGCGUAUUGCACGAAAGAGUCUGCAUAUCACCUGCUGCCACAGAACCAUUCUCGCCAGGUGUCUGUGGUUGAACCGGGAAACCAAAGAGGAGGAGGAGCACGCAUUUUUAUCGCGAGCUGUACGUCAAAAACUCUCAAACGUUGCUGCUGGCAUUAAUGGCCGCUGUGCUUGCCAAGUCGAGAGGAUAGUGGACAAAAGGAAAAAUAAAAAGGGGAAAUGGGAAUACCUUAUUCGAUGGAAAGGCUAUGGAAGUAAUGAAGAUACGUGGGAACCAGAGCACCACCUCCUUCACUGCGAGGAAUUUAUCGAUGAGUUCAACGGGCUGAAUGUGGCUCAAAAGCGGACUAAAUCAGGGAAACGGGGCAGUAGCCCGAGGCAGGUCUUGCGAGACAAUCAUGGGACGUCUGCAAUCAGGGCUUACGAGGCCACGAAGGGCAAAGGGGGAGGCUUGCGGAGAAAGAGGACUAUCGCUCAUCAAAAGCAAAAGCGAGGCGCGGUGGGCAGAGAAAGCAAGCCCGGCCACGGGGACCCAAAGAAAAUUAUCGCUACUAAAACCGUGCAUUACAGAACCACGGCAAGUGGAGUGCAGAUUAUGCCUUACAAGAAGACUGUGAACUCCUUUCAGAAUGGCGACGUGAAACACAAGAACGCAUUGCAGUUCGACAGCACUACAAGGCAACAGAGAAUGAACCUGGACUUUGAGGACGAAGACUUUGUAGACGGGAUGGCAAUGGCUGAACCGCCUUUAGUGAAUGGAAUAGGCACUUCAAAUGGACAAGCCAACCACUCGUGCUCUGCAAAGAGAAAACUCACGGAGGACAAAGAGGACUAUGUGUUUGAUAAGAGAUUGAGAUGUAGCGUGCGACAAAACGAAAGUAACUACCGAUUUAGGGACAUUGUGGUUAGGAAACAGGAUGGUUUUACGCAUAUAUUACUCUCCAGCCAGACGUCUGAUAAUAAUUCCUUAACACCAGAGAUUAUGAAGGAGGUUCGGAGAGCACUGAGCAACGCUGCAGCUGAUGACAGCAAGCUCCUCUUGCUCAGCGCGGUGGGAAGUGUGUUCUGCGGGGGCCUGGACUAUUCCUACUUAAUUGGCCGUUUGUCGAACGACAGACGGAAAGAGAGCACUCGGAUUGCAGAUUCAAUAAGGGAUUUUGUGAACGCGUUCAUUCAGUUUAAGAAACCCAUUGUGGUGGCGGUGAACGGGCCGGCCAUGGGGCUUGGUGCCUCUAUCCUGCCGCUCUGCGACAUUGUGUGGGCGAGCGAGAAAGCCUGGUUCCAAACACCAUACGCCACCGUAAGGCUAACGCCAGCCGGCUGCUCGUCUUACACCUUCCCACAGAUCAUGGGAGUUGCGCUGGCAAAUGAGAUGCUCUUUUGUGGGCGAAAGUUGACCGCACAGGAAGCGUGCAGCAGAGGGCUGGUAUCUCAGGUCUUCUGGCCGACGACAUUCAGUCAAGAAGUCAUGUUGCGGGUGAAGGAGAUGGCCAUGUGCAGUGCUAUGGCGCUGACUCACGCUGGGGACGGUCCUGCGGUCGGUGACAGCCCACCAGUGCCUCACUCAAGCGGCCCUUUUCAUUGUGUCCUGGAAGAAUCCAAGUGUCUGGUUCGCAGUUUUCUUAAGUCCACCCUGGAGCAGGUGAACGAGCGGGAAUGUCAGAUGCUCAAACAGCUGUGGAGUUCCUCCAAGGGACUGGAUUCUUUGUUCAGCUACUUGCAGGAAAAGAUCUACGAGGUAUGAAGCUGCCAGGAGAUCCAAGCUGCAGCCCAUUGUUCCGUCCGGUGUCCGUGGAAGGAGCCAAGUGAGAGCCGGGACGGAUUUGAGGAGUCCGGGGUCUCAGCGCUGCGAAGAGCGGCUAUGAACCGACCGGCAAAAACGUGUCCUGUAAUUCUAAGACCGAGCGGAUCCGUUGAUCGCGACCGAACGUGUGCAUGUUGGCGAACGCUCCCACCUUCUGCAUCAACGUCCGAACCCUUUAGGUGAUUGUUUUAAUCGAUGCCGUGUUUAGCAGUUGCAUUACUUCCUCGGAUCCAAAGCCGAGCGACGUUAAGUUUUCGUCCAGUUCUUUUUCUCUCUUUCCGCAGAAACGCUUAAGCCCUCGCGAGCACAAAAGCUCGCGCUGUAGAUACGAGUUUCCCUAAACCCUUUGCAGCGCAAAAACCAGGAACAAUGGCUGUACAACCAACUACAUCGAGGUUGUACGUCAGAACUCGAUUGGUUAUCCAUUCACCUGGCGGGGAAGAAUAAUGGAAGGUUGCAUUGGAAGAUUCACUCACGUAUAUUUUACAGCGGUCACCUGAGUUGUCAGAAGUGCGUACCCCCCACCCCACCCCCAAAGAAAAAGUUUCAAAAGUUGCGAAGUUUGAUAACUUUUUAAGAGAAAAAAAUAUACAUAUAGUAAAUUCUUUUUCAGAGUUCUUAACUCUCUCAAUAGAAAAUGACUCGA